GGCUUCAUCAGAUCAUCCAAGUAGCAUUACAGCGCAAGGAAGACUUCGGACAUCACUGCGCUCGUGAAUGUUAGCUGAACAGCAAGUCAGAGGAAAAAAUAGUUUUUCGUCUAGCCUACUCCAGAGCACUCCCUUUAAAAAUCCUAUAUAGAUAGCUUUCGAAUUUAUUAGAGUAUUUGCAGAAUCAUUCGUGUUGGCUUUGAUGUUUCCAGCACAGUAGAGCAGCCUAACCAGCACCCAUGCAGAAAAAGUACUAUCCAGACAUGCCGUUUAAACAGUGAUGUUAUAUAUGAACGCGUACUGCACAGCACUGUUAGUUCUUUACAAAGUGAGGAAUGCUAUCUGAGCUUCUGCAUCAAUGUUUCACUGGGGCAAGUGGAAGAAGAGAAUGGGAGCGAACAGUUCUUCAAAGAGACCGGUCUUCGACGAAAAGGAAGAUGUGAAUUUCGAUCAUUUUCAAAUUCUUCGAGCCAUCGGGAAAGGCAGCUUUGGGAAGGUGUGCAUCGUGCAGAAGAGGGACACUCAGAAGAUGUACGCCAUGAAGUACAUGAACAAGCAGCAGUGCAUCGAGAGGGACGAGCUGCGCAACGUCUUCAGAGAGCUGGAGAUCCUGCAGGAGAUCGAGCACGUCUUCCUCGUCAACCUCUGGUACUCCUUCCAGGAUGAGGAGGACAUGUUCAUGGUGGUGGACCUGCUGCUGGGAGGAGACCUGCGCUACCACCUGCAGCAGAACGUGCAGUUUGGAGAGGACGCCGUCAAACUCUACAUCUGUGAGAUGGCCCUGGCCCUGGACUACCUGCAGAGCCAGCACAUCAUACACAGAGAUAUCAAACCUGACAACAUCCUUCUGGAUGAACAAGGGCACGCUCACCUGACUGACUUCAACAUCGCCACCAUCAUUAAAGAUGGAGAGAGGGCCACUGCACUGGCUGGGACAAAGCCUUACAUGGCACCUGAGAUAUUCCAGUCGUUCGUGAGCGGGGGAACGGGCUACGCCGUGGAGGUGGACUGGUGGUCUUUGGGGGUGACAGCCUUUGAGAUCCUACGGGGCUGGAGGCCAUAUGAGAUCCACGCCAGUAACUCCGUGGAGUCUCUGAUGCAGCUCUUCAGCACGGUUAGUGUGCAGUACUGCCCUGCCUGGCCGAAGGACCUGGUCUCCCUGCUGCGGAAGCUGCUGACGGUAAACCCGGAGCAUCGCUUCUCCUGCCUGGCAGACAUGCAGACGGCGCCCUAUCUCUCCAGCGUCAACUGGGACUCUGUGUACGAGAAGAAGGCAGAGGCAGGCUUCGUUCCCAAUAAAGGGCGAUUGCAUUGUGACCCGACCUUUGAGCUGGAGGAGAUGAUCCUGGAGUCUCGGCCGCUGCAUAAGAAGAAGAAAAGACUGGCCAAGAACCGCUCACGUGACAACAGCAAAGACUCGCAGUCUGAGAACGACUACCUUCAGGAGUGCCUCGAUGUCUUGCAGCAGGAGUUCAUGAUCUUCAACAGAGAAAAGUUGAAAAAGAGGCAGGAGGAGGGUGCCUCAGACGGAGGUGAGGUGGAUGGUGAUGGAGAUGGAGAUGGUGAUGGAGAUGGAGAUGGUGAUGGAGAUGGCGAGGGCGAGUGUGAGGGUGAGGGUGAGGGUGAGGCGGGGGCCGAGGCGGAGGGGGGCACGGAGGACGAGGCAGAACCAGAGACGUCCAACCUGAACAUGUGCGGCUCGGUCUGCUCCUCCGCUGGCAGCUGCUAGCACGACAGCACCCCCUGCUGGUCAUGUACACCAACACCUAUCUCUGUCUGCCUCUAUCUCUCUCUCUAUCUCUGUCUAUUUAUCUCGCUCUCUGUGUCUCAAUCUCUCUUUCUCUCUCUAUCUCUAUGUCUCUAUUUAUCUCUCUGUUUCAAUCUCUCUAUCUCUGUCUCCCUAUCUCUCUCUCUAUCUCUGUCUAUCUCGAUGUCUCUCUAUUUAUCUCUCUCUCUAUCUGUCUCUAUUUAUCUGUCUCUCUCUGUCUCUAUCUCUUGCUCUCUCUCUCUCUCUCUCUCUCUGUCUCUGGGAGCAGAACACACUGGCCUUGCCUAUAAAUGCUCUUAAGCCUGCUGUUUGUAACUGACUGAAAUGACACAGAACCCCACAUCUCUCUGUAGCAGCGUGUGGUAGGGGACUGCCUCCCACACUACAUUUGGAGCUCAUUUCUAUGCAACAUUAGACAUGACACCAGAUUUAAUCUUAGAGGAAGAGCACGGUGACCCACAGGGCUGUGAGUGCGUCAGUGUGUUGCCACGGGCACCCACUAGCGACAGCUCAUAACGGCAGUGAUUCGAAACCCAGGCCUGGAGACCUGCUGUGUGUGCUGCUCCUUGUCAUAGCCAGUAUCUUUGUCAAGGUUGCUGACAAAAUGAAUUUCAGUGCUAAGAUAAUUUUGUUCUUUAAUGUAUUUGGUCUGUCAUGAAACAUUUUUCACAAAUAAUUUAGUUUCAGUGACCAGAUGAACUCACUUUCGGCAUUUCGGACCCCAAUGAUUUCGACCAUAAGCCUAUAAUUUAAUCAAAUCAGAAAUGUAACCGCUUUCUGGAGGACUCAUACGGUCCAUUACAGGAAGUUAAAGCCUUAGUUGAUUUGACUGAUUGAAAUUCCCUGGAUGUGACUGUGGAAUAUGUAUUCUUCAUGGUGUACAGAGCUAUUUCUGGCCUAAUGUGACCUUAAGAGGAUAAAUCAUCCUUCACAGACAUUAAGUGUCUAAUUGGAGCAAUUAACAGCUCAUUAAUGUUCAGAGGUUGCAAUUACGGUAGGAAGGAAAAGCAGCAUGCACAGUGGACCCAGGCCUUUUGAGUUUGAGAAGCCCUGGAGUAGGGCAAACUUUGCCUCUCAUACCCUGCGGUGAGCCUCCCAGCGGUGGCCGCCUCUCAUGCCGGUCACAGCCACUAGCAGGUCAACGCACACCUAGAAUAGAGUGGGGUUUUUUCACCGCGGAGGUUUUUAAACCGGUCUAGCAACGGGAUAAUAAAAUAGAAAAUAAAAAAAAAACAGGCUGCAUGUCGGCUAGGCUCACCCGAGAGGAGCAACCCUACCGACCCGUCGAGCAGUUAGGUCUCUUAGCAACCUGGACCAGCAGGUUGUGGGUUUGUAUGAUGCAUGCAAUGUCGCCGUGCCGGGAUCGGCUCAUACUGUUCGCAUCUCUGGUGUCCUUUAACGUUGACGGAGGCAGGGUAUCUCUCGUGCUCCCCUAAGGGCUUCGACCCGCAAAGGGAAAGCGCAUCGUUAUUCUUCAUUUCUGCUCUGACAUCUUUCGCGUGACAUUAGAAGGGGCGUACACUUUGUAGAUGCUGUCAUUACGAGUAAUAUUAUGCAAGCGUAGCUUCAAAAGCAACCCAGAAUAAAAGCGACUGAGGACGGGUUUCUCCCUAGACCCAGUUGCCAGGAUGUGCUUAGCUCGUAUAUAGCACUGUUGCAGCACCUCCAGACUCAGUGUGGUGCGUGUGUUACCUAGUAUCAUGUCUGUUAGGAUUAACAUGCUGUCUUACUCUGGGGAAUGGGCUACGAUAACGUCUAUAGAACAUGUAUGAUACGAUUAUAUUUCCUCGGUAAAAAAAAAAGAAAAAAAAAGAAGACAAACAUAAACAUGGUUGUGUUUUAAUCUGAUGUUGUUUAGACACUUCCCCGGACGUAAUGUAAGGGGCUAUAUUUAGUGUAAAAUAGGUGUAUUAGAAUACAGAUAAGGACCAUUCAGGAUAAAAGAAAAACAAACGUGUAGCUGUACAAUUAAGGUGAUGCUCGUAUUCUCAGCAUGGAUGUCUGGGAAACAUGUCUUCAUCACUCAGAAGUCCAACAACCUAAUGCCAUUACAUAUGUAAAUAACAGCAUAAAUUCUUCUCCACAGUUUUAUGUGGAAAUCAUUAGCAACUCUGUCUAAAAGAAAAAAGUAUGAAGCCAAAUUUUCAUACAGUGUUAUUUUAAUCUUUUUUCCAAGUGUGCAGGCACAACUUGUAGGCAAAUACGCCAAAGCUUUUAUACCAUUUGCAUAGCCAUUUAUAAGGACAAUUGACUGUGUGUUUCCUGUUGUGUGUAGGAUCAAUGUUUCUCUCUGCAAGUGAGUAUAUUUGCAUUUUGUAAACAUGUAUUUAUUGUGAUAAUACUCAAACACGUAUGGAACAACUCGAGUGGUCUUAAAAAAAAGGCCAGUCAUCUGAGACAGACGGGUUAAAGAAGUUGGAGGAUCCACGAUGUUUUGUUUUUUAGGAGACCUUCAAAUUGCCUGCAUAGGCAGUGUCAAAUCUAUGGUUGAAACUCGUUUUGCACGCGCCACUAUUUUUAGCUACUGAACGCUGAUUUAGGCAGUCAGUCUCUAACUGAGCAUGAGUGAAAGACUGCGAUGUGCACGUACGGCAUGACCGUUGAUUUUGUGUUCCUGCUCUUGGUUUUUAGGAAGUUCGGCACUAGUUCUGUCCCAUGUCCACUCCACAUUCAGUCACUUAGGUUCCACAAACGGAAAACAAUAGUUCCUACUCGGUGCGCCCUGUUUUCCCGACGUCGUGUCAGUCGCAUGGUGUUUAAAUAUCGCGCUUAGACUGUUCCUAAAGAGGUGCACUGCUCCUCCAAAAAUAAUGGCUGGCAAUUUAGCAAUGCAAGAAACGUAUGGAUUUCACUGCGUAUCUCUGAUUAUAUGAACUAUAUGUGCUUUGUAUAAUGCAUGAUGGGCCUGUGGGUAUGGAAUGAAGGUCUUGCAGUGUAAUAAAAAACUUUUUUAAACUUCAUUUAGCGUUGAUAUAGCACUGAAUGUGAAAUUUGUAAAGAAAGCUAUUUUUAAUCUGCAUUCAGAUAGGCUAUGUCUUCACAGGGCAUCUACCUGGUUAUAAAGCGAAAUAGAUUUCCAAAACGACUAUGUGAUGAUGAUGUUUGUAUUCUUUUACACAACAUGCAUUGCAUCGUUUGAUCUUGUAACCAUCUCUUUAUAGAAGUUAGAUCUGGAGGGAAACAAACAAAUGUUCGUGUAAUAUUUUCUCCUCGUCUUCUGCAUAUUGAUAAUAUUUUGAAUAUUUUCAGUAAAAUCAGUGUUCUUAAAUACACUUGCAAGUCCAGUUAUUCUGUAUUUACCCUCUACCUAUACAAAGUGCUAUGUGUAUUUAAACAAACUGCUCUUAUUGCUUUGAUGAGGAAAUAAAAGUGUUCCUGUAAAUCCU